GAAAUUUAAAAAGUCCGGACUGCCUGUGACAGGAAGCGUACUGGACAACUGAAGAAAUCAGUUAGCUAUAAACACAAGCAGUCGGGGAAUAUUAAUAUACAAACAUAUGAUUAGUUUCGAAACGAGUACCUACCUCAAUGUCCCGAAAUGGAGACUUAUAACAACCAGACUUUAGACUCACCCUCAAAAAACAGUUACAUCGGGAGCUAUUACCAGCCUCCAAACAGGAUACUACCAAUAGCAAGACAGCUCGAGUUCCCUGUCCACUCGUCCAUCAGGGUGGACCCACAGAUGACCAGUCCUCGGGUGUCCCACACCAAACCUAAUAUUGACAGCACAGCUGUUGUGGAUGCACUGAAGACCCUCCAGGAGAAAAUCAGGCGGUUGGAGCUGGAAAGGAAGCAAGCGGAGAAGAGCUAUAGUCAAUUCUCCCAUGAUGCUCGGAGGCAUCAAGAGGUCACAGGCUCUCACACGGUGCCCAGUCAUCCAGCAGCUGGCCUGCCUGCGACAGAUGACUCGGGAAAGAAAGAGCUGGACUCAAAGCUGCAGUCUGCAGAGGCUCGGUGUAAGGUCCUUGAGAAGCAGCUGGACUACAUAAGGAAGAUGGUUGAAAAUGCGAAGAAGGAGAGGAAUGUCCUCAUGGAGAAUCAGGCUUCACUGCAAAACCAGCAGCCGUGCAUCUCAAACAGCCCAUCUCAGCGGGAUAAGCUGGAGAAACUCGAAUCAGAGUGUCUCAAAUUGAGUCGGACACAAACUCUGGCUGAGACGAAGCUUGCUAUUCUGGAGCAAAAACUACUGAAAGAAGAGCAUGAGCGUAAACUUGUGCAGGAAAAAGCCGACCAGCUCCAGAAGGAGUUGGACAUCAACUUUCGAUUGCCUGUUCCAACUGCUGAAGAAACAAAACCAAAGAAGAAAACAAAAAAGACCACCAAGAAAACCUCUCGACAGAAUGAGCUGCCAUCGCCAAGGGGCCCAAGGCACAAACAAAUGCCAUUUGUUGCAGGAACGUCGACAAGCCCGAGCCAUUCGGUACACGCCAACGUACAGAGUAUACUUCACAUGAUGAAGCACCAUCAGCCCCAGCUGUGUGAACGAGUGAGCACGCUGCACAGGUCUGCUUGUGGAGCCAAGAAAAGCCUCCAGAGGGACUUCGCUUCAUCUUCUACCACUUUUCACGAGCCGCUGGGCUCACUUUCUGACCUGCUCUUGGCUCUGCAGGACGAGCUAGGACAAAUGAGCUUUGAGCAUCAAGAGUUGGUGCAUCAGAUAGAUGCAACCCAACAUUGCCAGCAGAGGCAGGACCUGCAGAGAGAACUGGAGAGGUUGGUCGCCAGAAUGGAGGAGAAGAGAGCUCAGAUCACAAAGCUCCGCAAACACCAGCAGACGGUCCAUAAAUUGACUCAGAGCCAGCCAUGUGCCGAGGAACACACGGCCAAGAAGUUGAGUGGGAUCAAACCACCUGUUCCCUCUCCCGUUAAGGCUAAGAGUAAGGGAAGGAAAGGUGGGACCACUCACAACAACCUGCAACUUCUCAGAGAGACCCAGAAGUUCAGAAACAGCCUGAAACAAGACGACAUCUCCUGGGAAACAUGAGGUUCUCUGAAAGACCUUUCUGUGAUACUACAGCUGGUCGAACCACAAGACUGCCUUUGGUUCCCUGCAGCCGGUUUUUCCCACUCUUCAAAUGGCCUCUGGGACGUUUUUAGUGUUAGAGGGAAAGAAAGGGUUGAUUAUGUGUUACUUAUGAAACCUAUUAAAGCAAUAGGUGUUUGACUUGAAUGAAAUCUAUCACAUACAGGGUACUUUAUAAAUAGAGGGUGUAAUGUCUAUGAAUCAUGACCUCACCCUGUCUCAUCUCAAAUGAAGCUGAAGUAAUCUAUUUUUAAUAUUUUCACAUUUUAAUAAAGUUUAUUCUCUCUGCAUAUUUAAAAAAUAUUUUUCUUCACAUUUUACUUCUGCCAACACAAAUGUUUUUUUCUCCACCACCAGUUGUAAUUCAUACUUUCAACCACUAGGUGGCAGUGCUCAUCCUAUUUCUAUUUUACAAAUAUGAAGGCCGUCACCCCACACACCCUGCAGUUGCAUGUAUAAUAUUAAGACAUGACUUUAUAAUGUAGCGUGCAGCAUCAAGCCCCUACUGUCUUGAAUAGAUGGACCAAAAAGCUCUGUGAGCUCCGUUACAGCAGCAGGCUGGACAGCUGAGUACAUGUCGCCCUGACCACAGGACAAACGGAUGUGGUUUUUAUCGCUGCGCACUAGUGGGAGGAACUGCUUUUUGCCACAGGAUUUUGCUAUCUCACACUGCCAAGACAGCCAAAUUCUCUCAAAUUCAUCAAUGAUAGCUCUUACUAAUUGUAGGCUGGUCAGAUGACGGGACACCUUUUCUUUGCUCUCUGUUUAUUUCAGUCAACCACUUUUUUAUGGGAGCAACAACCACAUGCUGCCUCAUAACAUUCCUGCAUUAUCUCCUCGUUAUCAGGCCUCGGUCAACAUUUUUAUUGUCUUAUAAUAUCACAUUUUUGAUGAGCAGGAAGCAUUUUUCUUUUUACCAUAAAGCUAUUCUCAGUUACUUCCUAUACCACCAACUCCACAGUGGUUGUUCUGAUAAAAACUAAAAUGAAGACAUCCCUGUCCAAGGUUCUGGGUCACGGGAGUAGAAAACAGCUGAUUGUGAUUGUUGCCUUCCACAUUCAGCCUUUUCAGUUAAUUAUCUUGCUAAAAUUGCUUGGUCCUGGUAUUCCUGGCAUGAGUUUACAGCAUGGUUAAAUGGACUGAGCUGGGCUACGGGAGAGAGAGACUAAACCUAUUGCAUUGUUUCUGUGUGCUCCCAUAUUAGAUUACAGAGCAUGACUGGACAUGGCAAUCAGGUUAGCUGAGGCAAGUCAAGCCUCCUCCAUGCCCACACAUCUCUCCUGACCCUGCAGCUCUGAUACCGUGUGACUGCACACCCCGCUCUUUGCCUGGUGUUGAAUAGCAGCGAUGUGUUCGGAGAGCAGUGUAUGUAGGAGGGCUGGGUAGUUGUGAGCCUGUAAGGCAUUUUUCUUGUGUGUGUGAAGGAUUUCCCAACAUUUUUAUGAGGAUAAAGAUACAUCUUAAGUGUACAAUUAAUGUACAGCUUACAGUCUGUUUCUUUGAGUUAUAAAUUGACAUGGAGAACAAUUGAAAAAGUAACCAUUAACAGCAGAUACUGUGCAGGGUUGCAGAUGUUUUUUAAUGACCACACACACACUAAAGAGAGAAGUUAUGGUGUGGUUGUCCAAAAUAAAUGUCUCCCCUAAAACUCUCUUUGGUUCUAGGAAACAGUGCCAGCUGGGGACUCAGGGCCACUUGGAGAAAAACAGUCUGCUCAGCACACAAACAUAUUGUUCAAGCACGUAGUCAACUGUACAGACUGUGAUUCUUGAGAGUGCGCACACACACACACACACACACACACACACACACACACACACACAGGGAAACACGCACAU